GGCCGCUGAGCCUGCGUGUCCGGAGCCUGUGCUCCGCAACGGGAGAGGCCACAACAGUGAGAGGCCCACGUACCGCAAAAACAAACAAACAAAAAAGUAUUUGGGGACUUUUCACCUCCCACCCUAUGAAAUUUUGAAUCAUGUAUAUGAUCUAUGUAAGAAGAAUACUAAAGAGGUUGAACUCUUUAUAGCCGAAUACAGCCUUAAAUCUGCUUGUACAGCAUCCACUGACAGAAGUAAUAGUCGUGCCUCAGACUUAACAGGUUGCAUGUGGCCUUGGGGGAGUUACUACCCUUGGUAUGCAAGAGUGCUUCCUAUUAGCAUCACUGGAACUCCGUAUCCGUACUCCAUGUGUAUCCACAAAAGGGAACUUGAGACCCACCGUUAUUUUUAACUUCUGACAUUAAUGAUCAUAUGUGUACUGCUGAAUUUAACUCAGUGUAUUUCAGAUGUAUUCCUGGCAUCUUCCACAUAUUCAGCACUGAAAAAUGAAGAGAGCAUUUUUGGAGCACUUGCAGUCAUUACUGGGGCCUGGUUUUAUGUGUCUCACACCCUAUGAGAUAAGGACCAGCAACCUAACCAACCAGAUAAAGAAGCCAAGAUGCUUUCUUCACCAGGGUACCUACUCCUAAGGGUGCUCACGGAAGAGGAGGAGCUUCUCUCACUCUCAUUCCGUCUCUCUGCUCUGCCUUCUCUGAAGCACACCUGGGUGCUGCCUGGAGCCCAGGUCUGGCUCCAAACCUAUGAAUACUUGUCAAGUAUAAAAGGUUCUCAAGAAUGAGAUGGAUCCUGGGGCAUCCUCCCCAGAGAAACGGGAUAAAGAGAAUUUAGUGGGCAUCAAGAGUAAAGGGCUUGGUGUAUGUGGCUGGAUCCUGUUUUCGUUUUCUUUCCUGUCGAUGGUCAUUACCUUCCCUAUCUCCAUAUGGAUGUGCUUGAAGAUUAUUAAGGAGUACGAACGCGCCGUUGUAUUCCGACUGGGACGCAUCCAAGCUGACAAAGCCAAAGGGCCACCAGACGUGUUUGUCAAAGUUGAUCUCCGGACCGUUACGUGCAACAUCGCUCCACAGGAGAUCCUCACCAGAGACUCUGUGACCACUCAAGUGGAUGGAAUGGUCUAUUACAGAAUCUAUAGUGCCGUCUCGGCAGUGGCUAAUGUCAACGAUGUCUAGCAAGCCACAUUUCUGCUGGCUCAGACCACUCUGAGAAAUGUCUUAGGGACACAGACCUUGUCCCAAAUCUUAGCUGGCCGAGAAGAGAUGGCCCAUAGCAUCCAGACUUUACUUGAUGAUGCCACCAAGCUGCGGGGGAUCCAGGUGGCCCAAGUGGAAACCAAAGACGUCCGGAUUCCCGGGCAGUUGCAGACGUCCACGGUUGCUGAGGCCGAGGCCGCCCGGGAGGCCAGGGCCAGGGUCCUUGCAGCAGAAGGAGAAAUGAAUGCUUCUAAAGCCCUGAAGUCAGCCUCCAUGGUGCUGGCUGAGUCCCCCAUCGCCCUCCAGCUGCGUUACCUGCAGACCUUAACCACUGUCGCCACAGAGAAGAAUUCCACCAUGUUUCCUCUGCCCAUGAAUGUACUAGAGGGCAUUGGUGGCAUCAGCUACAAUAACCACAAGAAGGUCCCUAACAGAACCUGAGACCCUCCUGCUGCAGCCAGCCAUUGCUUAGGGAGGCAUAUCUGUUCCUAUGGAGACCAGCAGUUAGAAGUGUUGAGAAUUUCAACACUAUUUAGGCCCAGUAACUCUACAGCUGGAACAGCAUUAGCAGGGAGAUGCUAUAGAGGCUAUAAAAAAAGAAAAAGAAAAAGAAAAAAGAAGGGCCAUAUACUACUUUUAUUUUUAAGAACAUAAAAGUACUUUGCAUUAUUCUUAUGAGAAUCAGUGAGUAGGUGUCCCUGACUUAGAGCAGGAACUUUCUUGUAGUAGCUGGGGGAAAUUACUUUUUAAAAAAUUUAUUUAUUUAUUUUAUUUAUUUAUUUUUGGCCACAUUGGGUCUUCGUUGCUGCGCGCGGGCUUUCUCUAGUUGCGGAGA